CACAUGUCCCCACUUUUAUGAAAUGAAUAAAAAAUCCAUCUACGAGUCCCACCUAUACGAAACACAAUAAUUACAUUCUAUUAUUUCUUAACUCUGUCCAUCCUAUAACAAGAAGAAGUUACAGAGAAAUGGAAGGGGAAAUUCACAAUUUCAUUGUUGUAUGGACUGUUGUGUUAGCAAGUUUAUGUUAUUCUCACACAAUUGUCAAAUUCUUUCGCAAUGGCAAAUCAAGAUUUGUGUCUAUAAUUCCAAUAGUUUGUCUGUUUUUCAUUCUUCCUCUUUAUCUCAGCUCUAUUCAUCUUGGUGGCACUACUACUUUCUUCAUCGCAGGGCUAGCCACUUUCAAGCUCCUUUUUUUUGCUUUUGGUAAAGGCCCUUUGUCAUCAACCCCACCUCUACCACUUUCAACAUUCAUUCCCUUAGCUUGUUUGCCUAUAAAGUUUCAAAAAUAUUCAACUGACGAUGUUGAAAGAACAAAAAAAGCCAAAAAUUCAACUUUGAAUCAUGUCACCAAGAUUACACUCCUAGCCAUUUUGAUUAGGGUGUAUAGCUAUAAGGAGUAUUUGCAUCCAAAAAUUAUUAUCUUCUUCUAUUGCCUACACAUUUACUUCAUGCUAGAGAUCAUAUUAAUCAUGAUCAGCGCUACAGUCCGAAGGAUCAGUCGAGUCGAGCUUGAGCCACCCUUCGACAAGCCUUACCUAGCUAGCUCACUCCAGGAUUUCUGGGGCAAGAGGUGGAACCUCAUCGUAAGCAACAUACUCCGUCUGACCGUCUACAACCCCGUCCAUUCGAUUGUGGCGAACUGGAUCCCGAGGAAGUGGGCUCCAAUUCCAGCCACGCUCGCGACUUUUUUCGCCUCAGGGCUAGCGCAUGAGUUGAUUUUCUACUACAUCGGAAGAUUGAAGCCUAAUGGUGAAGCCAUGAUGUUCUUUCUCAUUCAUGGGGUGGCUUUGAGUCUUGAAAUUGUUAUCAAGAAAAUUUUCAAUGGCAGAUUUUGGGUUCCUAGGAUUAUUUCAGGUCCAUUAGCUCUUGCAUUUAUAUUUUUCACAAGUUCUUGGUUGUUUUUUCCUCCUUGGUUGAGGGGUAAUAUAGAUCUUAAAGUAUGUUCUGAAUAUAUUGCUUUCUAUCAAUUUCUUAGGUAUGGUAAAUUAAUUAGUCCUACCAAUAUCACAUGUUCACUCCCAUAAUAAUACGUUGGACUAAUGUUUGUAUGAGCAUUAGAAUUAAUUUGAAUUCCGUGUGAAUUUUACUUUCUUUUUUU